ACGCGAUGCUUGCUCAUCGCCAACACGCUCCAGUAUCAGCGCGUAGGAACCAGGCUUGUCCUGUCCGUCGUCGCGUCGUCAGCCGCACCAUGGCAACCAUUCAGCGCUUUGACACAGGUCCUCGCCUGAGCGAGAUGGUUAUCCAUAACGGGACUGUAUACCUAGCAGGCCAGGUACCUGAGGACACUAGCGUAGAUGCCAAGGAGCAGACUGCCUCGGUCCUCAAGCAAAUUGAUGAGUUGCUUGCCCGGGCAGGGACCGACAAGACCAAGAUCUUGUCAGCUCAGGUUUUCCUGCGGGACCUGGCGGACUUUCCCCAGAUGAAUGAGGCAUGGGACGCCUGGGUCCCUGCGGAGCAUGCUCCCACUCGCGCCACCGUGGAAGCCAAGCUGGCCGACCCGGGCUGGAAGGUGGAGAUUGUGGUUGUUGCUGCGCUCUGAAAGCUGUUGUGUGAGACGCUGGUAGCCGUUGAGAUGUGUAUGACGGCUUUGGGGGCGCCCGCCGUGCGCCUUGGGUCAUAACCAAGGAAGCCCUUGCGGCACCAUAUGACGUGUACGUUGCAGCGAUCGCGGUUGUAGGAUGAGGGGGGUGGGAGUGCGAGCCACGCUGGUUCCCUGUAACCAAAUGUCAACUC